AUGUCUUACUAUACCCCUAACCCCCCCAAUGCCUAUGGAUCAAACCCUCCAAAUGUCUAUACCUCAAACCCUCCCAAUGCCUACGCGUCUAACCCCGCUCGAUACCCCAAUUCCCAACCAAGGCAAUACGUUCAACAUCAGGGCCUUCCAGCUGGCGCUGAUCCUCAGCUCUGGCAGUGGUUCUGCGCCGUCGAUACUGAUCGAUCGGGCGCUCUCAGCGUCACAGAACUUCAAGCUGCCCUGGUAAACGGAAACUGGACGAAGUUUGAUCUCGAUACCGUCAAGAUGCUCAUGAACAUCUUCGAUACUGAUCGAAGCGGAACCAUCGGCUUCAAUGAAUUCGCUGGCUUAUGGAAAUAUAUCGCCGAAUGGCAACGAGUCUUCAAGCACUUUGACAGGGACCAUUCUGGUUCUAUCGACGGACGUGAACUCGCGGAAGCCCUCCGCAACUUUGGUUAUAACCUAUCUCCUCCUUUGUUACAAGCGCUAGAAAUUCGAUACGCUUCUGGCGCGACUAGUGCGUAUGGCCCCCCUCCUGGUAUUACGUUCGACCGCUUCGUGAGAGCGUGCGUGACCGUCAAGACUUUGACCGAAACAUUCCAAAGGGAGGACCGUGACAAUGACGGCUGGAUUCAACUCAACUAUGAAGAUUUUUUGAAGAUUUCGCUGAGUGCGCCUUAA